CCUCCCUGCUGCGCGGGCCCCCUCGCGUCGCACCCGCUUCCCAGAGAGCCUCGUCCUCGCGCGUCGCAGCAUCCCUGCCCUUGGCACUAUUUACACGUCUCCGACUUCCACGACUCCUUAACCCCCACCUGCCUCAGAGCCCACCUCCACCGAAGGGGAGGUAGUUCGACCCCCGACAUGGCGUCGGCGAUGACAGACCACAAUCCUCGCGCGGCCGAGGCCUCUGGCACCUACACCUACACCAGCAGGCCCCGGGCCGUGCCUUGCCAGCGCCGCCGCUACCGGGACAGCCUGUUGCAGCCAGUUGACGAAUCUAUGACCUAUGGAAACAUAAUGUAUGACAGAAGGGUGAUCCGAGGCAACACCUAUGCACUACCCGCAGGACAGGUGCCCGGACAGCCUGAUCCUCUGGAGCUUCAGCGACAGCAGCAAGCCAGGAGGAAGUCUCUUGCCAGGAAACGAGCCCAGGCGCAGCUCAGGCCUCGGACACCCGAGCCUGUGGAGGGCAGAAAGCAUGUGGAUGUACAGACAGAAUUAUACCUUGAAGAAAUUGCUGACCGAAUAGUUGAAGUUGACAUGGAAUGCCAGACAGAUGCAUUUCUGGACAGACCACCAACACCACUCUUCAUUCCUGCCAAAACUGGCAAAGAUGUGGCCACUCAGAUACUAAUAGGAGAGCUCUUUGACUUUGACCUUGAAGUCAAACCAAUGUUACAAGUUCUGGUGGGGAAGACGAUUGAACAGGCCCUUCUGGAAGUGAUGGAAGAGGAGGAGCUAGCCAACCUGCGGGCCAAUCAAUAUGCAUAUGAAGAAAUACGCAAUGUUGAACUGGCUGAAGUGCAGAGACUGGAAGAGCAAGAGAGAAGGCACCGAGAAGAAAAGGAACGGCGUAAGAAACAGCAGUGGGAAAUCAUACAUAAGCACAACGAGACAUCACAGAAGAUCUCGGCGCGUGCAUUUGCGCAGAGGUACCUGGCUGACCUUCUCCCAUCUGUCUUUGACAGUCUCAGGAACAGUGGCUACUUUUAUGAUCCAAUUGAAAGAGACAUUGAGAUAGGAUUCCUUCCAUGGCUAAUGAAUGAAGUUGAAAAAACUAUGGAACACUGCAUGGUGGGAAGAACUGUGCUUGACAUGCUGAUCCGUGAAGUGGUUGAAAGAAGGCUAAACAAUUAUGAGCAUAAGGAAGACACACAGCCCUCUAUGAGGUCGGAUGAUGUGUUUCGUGGUCCUAACACAGUGGCAGAUCCCUCGGUGAGUUUAGAAUUACAGGAGUCAACCAUAUCCCAAUCCCAGAAGUCACUUUUAGACAAACACUCCCAAGAAAGUAAUCCCACGGAAGAGGGGGAGCCUGUUUCGAAGAAUGACCAAGGAGAACCGAAGGAGUCUGGACAGGAGGAGCUGUCACAACCAGAAGGAUCAUGGGAGCAAGAAAGCAACUCAGCAGGUGGUCAGUAGUGAUACAGUCAGGUACUAGUGCAUGUGACCCCAGACUUUAGAAAUUAUGGGAUAUUUAUCCACCAAAUCUUUCUGUCUAAUUGACUGAACAAAUUAUGAUUAAAAAAUAAAACUAAUAAAAAAGACAUUUUCAUUUAUUUAACAGAAUAUUCAAAGACCAUAUUGUCAUACUAAUAAUCUUGUGUAACCUCUAGUUUCCCAUCACUGUAAGUGUAUUUUUUCUUAAUCCUCCUAAUUUUGUGAAUUAAUUCCUUUUUGUUAAGUCUCAUAUCUCAUGUUAGAUAAUCGUGCUGUCAGCCAUUAAGCUUGUCUUCUCUGUAGGAAACUAGUAUACCCUCACUGGGUAAAGAAACCCUGUGUGUUCCUGAAGGCUGAGGUGCCUCCUCCCUGUGAGGAGCAAAACCCGAGCCAUGUUUGGCUAAUUAAACACCACCCUUCUACCUUCAGGAUAUAACUAAAGCUUACUGACUGCUGUCAACCCAUUACAGAAUCUGGCUUCUCUUUUUUGAAUUAGCAAAGGUUCAGGCAACAGCAGAAAAGCAAACACCAUCUCUCUCCCUCCACACACACAGCCUCUGUUGUCAGCUGGUUAGAGGUACCCAGGCCUUUUGUGGGUUAUUUAGGUCUAUUCCUGUUUCAACAUUUAGAAAGUAUAGGCUUUUACUUUGUAACUAAUAAAUGUGUUGUUUACAUAUUUUA